AUGUUUGGUAACCAAGCAAGGCCAAAAGCAUGUUUCACACUAUGGCUUGGUCUACAACAAAGGUUGUUAACUGCUGAUAGGUUGUUAAAAUGGGGUCUUGAGGCUACAAAGAUAUGUGUCUUAUGCAACCGAGUGCCUGAAAAUCACGAGCACCUGUUCGUCCUCUGUCCAGUUGCAAGGACACUAUGGGCAAGAAUUUUGACAUGGAGCAAUAAGGGGAUGUUCAAUGUAGUCCACUGGGAGGAUUUUAUGAAGUGGAGCGUUGCCAGUAGCAAGGGCAAAGGUCAACAAGCCCAAAUUUGCAAGAUGAUUAUUAAUGCUGAAGUGCUUCACACACUGUGGAGAGAGAGGAACCAAAGAAUCUUUGAAAAGAAAAGUGUCACAGUGGAAAGAUUAGCCAAGGAUCUAGCAUAUGUUUGCACUGUUCGUGCACCAACUGGCAGCCAAGUUUUAGUUCAAAAUUUUUCUUUUUAG